AAUGUCUAUGAUCAUGUAAUGAAUAUUUAAUUAUCUUUCUUUUUUUUCUAUUAUCUUUCAAAGAAGUAUAACAACUCAAGAUAGUAACAAUCUGCACACAAUUUUAUUCAUCAGUGAAAUCUUAUUUCAUUCGUUUCAAUAAUAAUUUCUUAAAAUUAUGAUAGAACAAGUAAUGUUAAAAAGAGUUAUCUAUAUUACGUGGCUCAGUGUAGCUUUAUGCUUCUGUUGGCCAGUUUCUGCUAAUAGCAGUAGAAAUCAAAUCAUUGUUUUCAAAUUUUUACAAAUCUUCACUAUUAUUAGCUCUUGUUUGGGAAGCUUACCUAUGUUUCAUUCAAUAUAUUUACACCAAGACGAUAUCAUCAUUGUUGCUAAGUCUAUAAGCAUAGUGGUAGUUUUUAUUCAACUAAUUGUUCAAACCACUAUAUGCGCGAUUAAACAUGACACUUUACAACAUAUAAUCGAAGAAAUGAUAACCUAUAUUAAAGAGGCAAAACAAUACGAAAAGGAAAUUAUCCAGAAAUAUGUAGCAAAAUGUUAUAUCCUUUAUGGAAGUGCUAUAAUAAUUUCAUACUUAACUACGACGAUAUUUAUAUUAGGACCUAUAUUCUUACCUGUUUCCUUACCAUUCUAUACAGAAUUUCCAUUAAGCCUUAAUAAUACGGCAGUAUAUAUUAUAAUAUAUUUCCAUCAAUGUUUUUUUGCUUAUCAAUGUUCUGCAACUGUAUGCUUAAGCAUAUUUGGAGCACUUUUAUUGUGGUUCGUGGUCGUUAAAUUUGAAUGUUUGAUCGUGAAGAUACAGAAUAUUUCAAACAAAGAUAUGAUGGUCAUUUGUAUAAAAAAACAAUUACAAAUCAGAAGAUACGCAAAAGAAAUAGCCAAUUGUCUUCGUCAUAUCAUUUUUUAUACUAUAAUAGCAACAUCAUUUAAUAUGAUUCUUGCUGGUAUUAUAUUAAUAAUGAAUCCUCUGUUAGUCAUAAAAAUACAGUUUAUGAUCACAUGUUUCACUGCACUCAUGGAAGUUUAUUUAUACGCAUGGCCAGCUCAAUACAUGGAUGAUAUGAGUAAAAAUGUUUCAAUAAGUGCAUAUAACUUAAAAUGGUAUGAACAGACAUCAGAAAUGCAACAAAACAUAUUGAUUAUGCUGAUAUUUCAAAAACCAAUAUCUCUUUCUAUCAAUUUUUUAGUGCCAAAACUUUCUCUGCGCUCUUAUUGUGCGUAUUUGUCCAAUGCCUUCUCCAUCUUCACAGCUUUACGAGUUAUAUUAAAAGAUAAUUCAAUAUAAAUAUAUUUGAAAUAUUAUUUUAAUUAUAUUAAUAUAAUUUAAUAUUAAUAUAAAGGAGCUUUCAGUGAUUAUAAAAUAUAAAAUAAUAAUUAUAAGAAUAAUGUUUAUAUUUUAUAUUUAUAAUAUUUAUAUUAUUAUAUUUAUAAUAUUUAUAAAAAUUUAAGCAAAUAUUAGUGUAAAAUAAGUUUAAAUCAUUUUAUAAAUAGAAUUAUAAUUAAAAUCAAUCAAUGAAUCACAAAUAUUGUGUUAUAUAAAAUUGUGUUAAAAGACAUUAUUGUAAUUUAAUUAUAGAUUGAUUGAUAUGAAAUCUUAUAUAA